GUUUUCGGGUAGACGCAUAAGAAAUGUCUCGCUAUCUGUAGAUACCACUGCUGGUUUGAAAGUCGGUGUAUAAUGCAACUUGGUUGGAACUACCUGUAUAAUACGUUUAAUUUGGGGAGGUGUAUAUUAUCUCGACCUCCAAGCAGCAUUUUCUAUAUACCCAAUUUGUCUCUUCAACAAGUUUCAUUUACCAGUAUGGACAGAUACGUUACAAGGAAGGUGUUAGCAGAGGACAAAAAGAACGAUGAAGAGACAAGCAUUACCAAAAGUCCGGAGAGAACAUCCCCUCAACAGAAAAGAUUUUUAUCGCACGAGUCUAAAUUGCACAACAAAUUUCAAAUCGAUAAAGAGAAGUUUUUGAACAUGUCUAUAGCAGACAAAAGAAAAGUUUACAAAUGCAAGAAGUUCUUUCAACUGGCAGAUCUUCCUACAUGGGAAGAAUUCUUUUUGGCUAAUGAAGAAAAGUUACGAAAAAGAUUGAAGGGCAGGAAACUGACAUCAAAAGCGGAAGUUAAUGAAACAUUCAACAAGAAGCUGACUUUGUGGAGAGGAGACAUCACUGCAUUAGAAAUAGACAGUAUUGCCAAUGCUGCCAAUAAUUCUCUGUUAGGAGGAGGAGGUGUGGACGGUGCUAUCCACAAUGCUGCAGGAAGUUGUUUGGUGACUGAAUGUAGGACAUUGGGAGGCUGUGAUACAGGGGAUGCAAAAAUUACUGGAGGUUACAAACUCCCUUCAAAAUAUGUUAUCCAUACAGUUGGUCCAAUUGGAGAGAUCCCUCAGGCACUCAAAAGUUGUUACCUUACUUGUCUGGAUGUCAUGGUUGACAACAAAUUACGGUCAAUCGCCUUUCCUUGCAUUUCUACUGGAAUUUAUGGUUACCCCUCCAGUAAAGCUGCAGACGUUGUUCUCUCAACUGUAAGGACUUGGCUGGAAGAUCGUGACAAUGUGGAUAAGGUUGACCGGAUCAUCUUCUGUUUGUUUAUGCCUCAAGAUGUUGCUUUGUAUGAAGAACUGAUGCAACUGUAUUUCCCAGUUCCUUCAAGCUUGGUGCAGAAAGGCAAUAGUGAUGAUAUGGCAUCAGAACCAGAUGAAAAAGUGAAUAAUUCAAAGAAAUCACCAGAAAAGAAGGAAAAUACCAGAACUCCUAGUCACAUGACGAGAAAUGUCUUAAAAGAGGCGGAGAAAAAUUCAACACAAAGUGGAAAAGGAAUUGAUGAAAAAGUUUCAGAAGAAGUUGUAGCAGAAGCUCAUACUGAAAAUCCUUCAACUACAGCUGGGACGGAUUCAGAGCCAGCAGCAAAAAGAAAGCCCCCAAUUAGUUCUGAUGAAAUAUCUAAAGAAAUGAAGUCGAAAAAGACAGAUGAAAAUAAUGCUGAAAAUAAUUCCCCUGUUGACAGAAACAGUUCAGAUUCUAAAGAGAGUCAACCUUCCCCAAUGGAAUGUACAGGUGACUCUCAAAUCAAAACUAAAUUAUAAACAGAGAAGAAGAUGAGUUAUAAAAGAUAUAUAAUAGAAACAUGGUGAGUUAUCAAAUGUUACAAACUUUGAGUUAAAACAUAUAUAAAUCUCCUACACUUUGAGUUAUAACGUCUAAAAAACUCAUUUACUGUGAGUGAAAAUGUCUAUAAAACUCCUUCAUUCUAUAAAUCUAUGAAAAUGUCUAUAAAACUCCUUAAUUGUGAGUUAUAAGGUCUAUAAAAAUCCUUCACUGUGAGUGAAAAUGUUUAUAAAACUCUUUUGUGGUGAGCUAUAAGGUCUAAAAAAAACCCUUUAUUGUGAGUUAUGAGGUCUAUAGAACUCCUUUACUGUGAGUAAAAAGGUCUAUAGAACUCCUUUACUGUGAGUAAAAAGGUCUAUAGAACUCCUUUACUGUGAGUUUAAAGCCUAUUAUAAUCAGCAUUGCAUACUACAUGUAUUUUUAAGCAGAGUAGGUUUUUUUUUUUAAAGUAUGGUGAUAUACCACUAACUCUUGUGAUGAGGAAAUAUGUUUGUCCUGAAUUUAUUUUCAUCUACAAUAGCAUUUUAAGGAAACUUGGGAAAUGAUUUCUGAUGAUUUUUUUUUCAUUUGAAAACUAAACCAAAACUCUGCAGCUGAAAUUAAGUGUUUAUCCCAUCGUCUGAUGAGUAAGUUACAUGCUGGUAUAUUUGUAACAUAUCAUUUAUACAGUAGUGUUUUUUUAACCCUCAAGCACUUUAAACUACUGAGGUUAAUUUCAGAGAUCUUGAUGAUACAUGAAAUUUAUGCAUUAUAUUUCAAAGAAAUAAAAACAGUUCAAUCAUAAUUAUACUCUUUCCAAUGAAGUUAAUAGGGGGUGCCAUCUGUCUGUAGAAAAAAAUUGUUUAGAAAACUCCUCUUAAAGUUGUGAAGCAAUUUCGAUGAAACUGCACAGGAAUGUUGUCCACCAUGUGAAGAUGUGCAGGAAGGAGUUUUUAGCAGAAAUUGGGAUUGCCUUUGUAACCAUGUCAUCAUACAGUUCCAUACAUGGAAAGAUUUGUCUGGACAACAUUUCCCAAACUUGUGAACAGAUUUCAAUGGAACUACUCAAGAAUGUUAGGGCAGAUGUGUAGAUGUGCAUGCAGGUUUUUUUAAAUUAGAAAUUUGGGUUUCCAUGAUUAGACUGAUUUUACCAGACUUCUCCCAAUGUGGACUGUUUUCAUUGAAACUGCUAGCGACAGUUUUAGUUAUAUCUUGAUUCUGAUCUUAAUAUGUUAGAUCAUUUAAACAGAUGAACCGGCUGUUUUUAACACAAACUUUGUAAUGAAGGAUAAAUUAUACAUAUGAAUGUAUAUAUUACGGAAAUUCGCUUUUAAUCAUAAUUAUUUAUAAUAAUAUGGUCACCAUUUGGAUGGCUUACUUUUCCUUACCAUGUUUUCUAGCAAUAGAACUUGUUAGUUGUAUUUUUUUGUUUGUUAUUUCCUCUUGAAUAUGAAAUAUUUUAUGAUCAUAAUGAAAUACUGUAUGUCUUUAUCUAGUUAGAAACCCAUCAACAUCAGUUGCUGUUGAGUAGAAUUACAACAAAUACUACACCAUUUUCCUGUAUUAAGCCCAUACACUAACUUUGGAUCAGAGGUGAUGUGAUAGACCUCAGUUGACUUACUCUUGGAAAUAAGGAUAUAUUCUCCAUUAAUAUAAAACCUACUGGUAAUGAACAAGAAUUCUGUAAGGAACUGUUUCUAAUUUUGGAUGUGGACUUCAAUAUGAUUUGAAUCAUGAUGAAUUAUUUUGUUGGUAUGACAAUGACAUCAGCUGGGUUACAAACAGAAAUAUUGAAGCUUCAAAAUAAUUCAAAAUGAAGCAAAGGCUUACUGCUGUAAUGUGUUACAUGGAAAAAUCCACAUGUGUUAAAAUAGGGCUCCAUGUGUUCUUUACCAUCAAGCCUAAGAUACACCAGGAAAAGAGCAUUCAGUAAAGCAAAUAAAAGUACUCAGAUUGAUACAAGAUUUAAGUAACAUUUGUUCUUAGAAGCAAUGAUUCUAUAUAUUUCUUAUAGUGAAUGUCUUGAUUUCAGAAUAUUUUUUAACUUAAACAACUAUUUUUCCCAUGGUAAUGAUAUUGUUCCUGCUGAGGUGUACCAAUCUGUAAGUGCUUUCUUCCUUUGUGAUGAAUUGUGAUUGUACCUGUUAUUGAAAAAUAAAACAUUACUUUUUUCCAUAA